GGCGCGCGUGCGCGGCCGGUGGGCGCCGGGCGCGCGUCGCGGGCUGAGGCGGAGGGAGGGGGUAAGAUGGCGGCGCCCGUCCUGCUGCGAGUGUCGGUGCCGCGCUGGGAGCGGGUGGCCCGCUCCGCCGUGUGCGCGGCCGGCAUCCUGCUGUCCCUCUACGCCUGCCACCUGGAGCGGGAGAAGGGCCGCGAUCUCCACUACCAGGCCUUGUGCGACCUCAGCGAGCGGGUUCGCUGCUCCGCCGCCAUCACCUCCAGAUGGGGUCGAGGAUUCGGUCUGUUGGGUUCCAUCUUUGGAAAGGACAGUGCAAUAAAUCAGUCCAACAGUGUUUUUGGACUCGUGUUUUAUAUACUACAAAUGCUACUUGGUAUGACAGCCAGUGCAGUAGCAGCUCUAAUCCUCAUGACAUCCUCCAUAGUGUCUGUAGUAGGGUCUUUGUACUUGGCAUACAUUCUGUACUUCGUGCUGAAGGAAUUUUGCAUUGUCUGCGUCAUCACAUAUUUGCUGAACUUCAUUCUCUUUAUCAUCAACUACAAACGACUAGUUUAUUUGAACGAGGCCUGGAAACGGCAGCUCCAACCCAAACAGGAAUAGCGCCUGUUCGAACUUGUGACUGACAGUCUGAAGACCCAACUUCCAUUAAGUUUAUUUUGCAGUAAUUUUUUAUUCUCCAUAUCAGACGCUUUCCCUGAGAUCCAUAACUGAAUUUUUAAUUAUAAAUUGGAAGGGGCCCUAGAUAAUUUUUUUGUUGUUGUUGUUGUGCUAAUCUUCAAUUUAAAUGUGGUUGUGAAAGAAAGCUGUAAAGCAAUCAAAGACAAGCUUUAACUUUACUUUGAAGGAGUUCUAGCCACAGCAAAACCUAGACUCUCUCCUCCCCCUCCACUUGUAAAGUGGGUAACACUUGCUAUAAAAUAUCCUGUAUAUAAAUUCAGGUAUAACGAGAUGUGAUCAUGACAUUAAAUAUUCUAGAAUAGCAUUAUGAUAUUUAAUGUUGCCAUGUUUACAGUCUGUGUAUUACAUUCUUUUUUUUUUUUUUUUUAGCUGAUGGACUUAGAUUUGACUAGGACUUAUACUGUAAAUAAAAUUAGAAAUCUUGGUUUCAUCCCUGGAGAACUCACUGCACAAUCAGUUUUGUUAGCCUAGGAGCUUUCGGAGUGCUCAGCUAACAGGCAGCUGACGUGGUGGAAGAGAGCUCCGUGCUGGGGCGCUCACUGCUGGUGCUCUCCCAGAAAUGACGGUUGGGUUUUGUUCCAUUUCUCUUGUUUCCUAUCGAAAAUGGAAUUAAAGCUGAAACCUGAAGUACGUUCAUUAAACCACAAUAUCCUUCAUGUCUGUACAGAAUGAAAAUAGCUCAGUGUGGUCGAUAGGAAGUUACCACCAGGAUGUGACAUCCAGCGCGGGCUCUUGGUGUAUCAAAGAGCGCUCUUGUUCCACGCGGUGCUGUUUCAUUUUCAAUUGCGGUCAGACAGCCGGUGUUACUAACGUUUGAUGUUCUAUGAAUGCUGCAGUACAGGAUUGCAAUCUGCAGUGGAAACCACUGACUGAGCGGGAUAACCAAGUAGUGCACCGAAUAAGCAGAUACUGAAUUGAUCUUUGUCGGGAUCUUUGGUUUGCGCUAUAUUGGGAACUGAACUUUAGGCCUGACACGCACGAAGUCCUUUGGAAGGGCAGUCUGUUUCGUGGGAUAAGUAAGUGAAUGUGCUCCUGAAAUUGAAAUCUGAUACAGCGCUAUCAUUGCUCUUUCUAAUAACUAAUUAGAAAAAAAAUUAAACUGCGGAUUUAAACAAAGGAACAAAAUUGUAAUGCUGUUUCUGCUCACAGUAUUCUGAAGCUGAAUGUUAAAAGUGCCUUCUGUCUUAAAAUCUUAAACCAAAUACUUAGUGUUGAACUUGGCAGACAGAAGUGUCCUUGCUUUAAAAGUGAACAAACAAAAGCCCCAGCAAAUUUGCUGGACACAGAGAAGUAUUAAGAAACCUAUUUUAGUUUUUAGACUGAGAAGUGGUAGCAAUAUUAAACCAAUGUGAUAGGAAGUCAGUGACGUCAUUUGGAAAAGUGAAAUGCUUGUGUUUGGAACUCUGUGACACCAGAAUAUUCAGCUACGUUCUGUAAUUGGUGCUGUGCUGCUUCUUGCCCUUGUCAGCUUCUAAAUACAAAGAAUUCCAGCUGCGUACCUGUUUAUUUAAAGAAUUAGUUUUACUAAUCUUAGGAUUGUUUCUUAAACAUGAAUGUCAGAAAGACACUUAUGUUGUAUGGCUAAGUGGAUUACAAACACUAAGUUGCUGAGGAUGAACUUGACUGUGAAACAUACAGUAUUCAGUAGAGAAAAUAGAAAUGUUAGGUUGGAUUCACAAAAUAGUAUUUGCUACUGAAGUAAUUUUCUGGUUUGUAUCAAGGAUGUAGGUGGAAACUGCUUUUAUGUAUAGAGUUCUGUGGUAUGAGUAACAUCUGUUGCAUGUAACACUAAAUUACUUGUCCCUCUUGUCUAACGGUUUUAGACAAUUCAUUAAAUGCAUUUUGUAUUGACCAGAGUACAGUUAAAGCUUGUCUUGAUGUUUAGUUCUGUCUCUCCAAUGCCUUGAACUCUGACAUGAGGGGAAUGAAUGAUGCUGAACUGGUCCCUCAGGGCUUUGCUGUGUUCACUUAGAAGCCUCGAGGCAGUGUCACCAGUAUCCCUGGUGCGUGUGUUGUGUAGACUGAUUUCGGUGCAUUCCUGUGAUCCACACUGAAGCAUCUUUUCAUUGAAGGAAGAGGUGCACAUGUGCUGCCUGAAAUGGUUCAAUGCAGCACUGAUAGCUCAGAGCAAGCAGCGACAGAGACAAGUGUAAUCAAUGAUUACUUGGUCCAAUUUCGGGGUGUAAUGCACACCCAACAAAUAAAAAAAAGGAAAAAAGCCCCAUCAACAGAAAGUAUGGGUGUUGACUAACUCACUGUGUCUGGUGCUUGUCUGUGUGGGCAUAGUCUGUUAGUUCAGUUUGUUUAGUAAAAUUGUUUAGGGCCAGAUUUUCAGCAGUCGUGUCUGUGUGCACAUCGGGCUCCAAUGGGAAAUCUGCUUGGUCUCUGGAAGAACUUGCUGCUGUACUUCGUGCACGAUCUUGCAGAUCUGAUCCUAAUUGUGAACUCUUUUGUCUCGUGUGCUUUUCUUGCAGUUACCUUUUACUGGAAGUGAUUUGCUAGAAAUGGCCCUAACUCUUCUGCUUUCUCUCUUGUGCUUCAGAAAUGCAGUUGGCCUGAAUAAAGGGCAGAGUUGAUAUUAGCAGUAGAAAUUUGGACCUUUUUGCAUCCAGAUCUUUGUCUUUUUCCUCACUGCUACCAAUGAUAGAAACAGCACAUUUCUUCCAGUAAAAUGGCUCGGAUUGCGAUUAGGAAUGUGAUAGAAAUCAGAGGAGUGCUUCAUGCAACUGUUCCCCUGCCUGCCUCCCUCGGCCAGAACAAGUGUCAUGGCAAAGACACGACUGACACGAAUUUGCCAUUUACAAAACAAGGGAAAUUCUGAGGAUACGACAGUACGCGUAAACGCUCGUUAAUAAUACUUGGUCUGGCAGAGGGAUGAGGGGAGACGGUGUCAUUACCCAGAUCCUGGUUGUGGUUUCAACACCGGUGAGAAUGGAGGGGGGAAGCAAUCUUCAGAUGCAGUGGUUCUGAAUUCGGGCUGCUCCCCCCAGCCCUCCCUGGCUCUCAGAAGCCGUGCAGGGAGGGCUUGAUUCAAGGAAGAACAACUUCAUCCCAAAAGCUGUUUAGGAAGUAAACAUUCCCGAAAUCCUCUUACUGUAAGGUACUUGAAACUCUUAAGGCCAAUGAAGCAUUCAAGUCUUGUUUAGGAAAUGAGUGUUCUUGGAGCUUUCUUACUGUAAAGCAUUCGUGAUGCUAAGGAAGGCCAACAAAACAUUCCCUACCACCUACACUAUCUGAAGUGGCAGCGAGUCUCCCUUAUCAGGAGAUUUCAGCAUCCUGUAGCACACGUUCGUCUUCUGCUGUACAGUCUGUUGAUGGUUCAGGAAGAUUGGCGAGGUGCUUUGGGCAGCACUUGGGUCUCCUAAUUUAUAUGGGUUAGAGUUAAGGAGAGAUCUAAUAACUUCAGAUCUGCCAAUGUUGUUUAAACACAAUCUAGACAAAACUGGUCCAGAAAAGAUGAAGUAUUUGUUACCAUAAAACCGUAUUAAGCAUGGCCUAAGUAUUAGGUGUGUGUUCUGUAUAGUGUGUUCCAUCAACUAUUUAUCACCAGUGCUUUAAACUCCAAACUAAACACCCCUUUAAAUGGAGGCAUUGGGCAGAUGUUCCGUUUAUCAAUAUAUAGGUUGAGAGAUUCUCUGUUGCAGGCUUAGGAUAAGAUUUUGCUAACAGGUAAAACAAUGUAAAUAUGUACGAAUUCUAUUUGUUGCACAUAACUUUUUGGUAUAAAGAAAAAAAAUAAAUGUAGAAAUUACCUGUG